CACUCUCUUUUUCCCUUAUUUAUAACCAAAUCCUUCUUCUUCACACACUCACACAACUCUAACCGUUUUUUUUUUCCUCUCAAAUCUCAAAAAUCACAAACUCUUCAACAAUGUCAUCGAAGAACGGAGUUGUUCGUAGCUGUUUAGGAUCAAUGGAAGACAUAAAAAAAGUCUUCCAAAGAUUCGACAAAAACAACGACGGAAAAAUCUCCGUCGACGAGUUAAAAGAAGUGAUCCGUGCUCUAUCACCAACAGCAUCACCAGAAGAAACAGUAACGAUGAUGAAACAAUUCGAUCUCGACGGUAAUGGAUUCAUAGAUCUGGACGAAUUCGUUGCUCUUUUCCAAAUCGGAAUCGGUGGAGGAGGUAAUAAUAAUCGAAGUGAUUUGAAAGAAGCGUUUGAGUUAUAUGAUUUGGAUGGUAAUGGAAGGAUUUCGGCGAAAGAGCUUCAUUCAGUGAUGAAGAAUUUGGGUGAGAAGUGUUCUGUGCAAGAUUGUAAGAAGAUGAUUAGUAAAGUUGAUAUUGAUGGUGAUGGUUGUGUUAAUUUUGAUGAGUUUAAGAAGAUGAUGAGUAAUGGUGGUGGUGCUUGAGAGAUUUCGGCGGCGGAGAUUAAUUUCUAGGUUUUGUAAUUAGGAAAAAAAGUUGGAUUUGAUCUUUAGUGACGGCGAUUAAAAACCCUAGAUGAUUCACCUUUUUUUUCUUAAGUUUGUGGUGAUUGAUGAAAUAUUGAUUUUAACUACUAUGAGGUUGUUUCUAUCUUUUGCUCUUUUCUAUAAUUACUAUGCUUUUAUAUGAAUUAAUUACUGAUUCAAAA